AUGGGACAAGAGGCAAGAGCAGCAGCAACGUCAAAAUAUCAUAUGGGGAAUCAUCACCGAGCUCGCUUCACCCUCAUGAUCUCCUCCUUCAUCGUCAUCAUGUUUUGGUUGGCAGCAUUACAGCCGGCAGAGGCGGACGACGGGUGGCCGAUGCCGAGUAGGUGGGUCGACCCAGAUCUACUGUUGCCGUCGCUGCCUCAGGGAGGAAUCAAAGUUGUGAAUCUGAGUUGGUGGUUGUGUCAACCAGAAGCCUUUGAGCUUAGAAGCCGGAACCAAGUGGGCCGCGUCCUGCUUUCCUGGGGUCCUUUCUCUCUCACGGUCGACACCAACGCCGACUCUCCUGUAGGUGAGUGCUGCUUCCUCGACCCGGACGUCAUCGAUCGCGGCCUCGAGACCGUCGCCCGCAGCUGCCCUGGCCUUCGGAAGCUCUCCCUCGUCGCCAGUGACUCGGAGGCCGGCCUCAUGGCGAUCGCUGGAGGGUGCGACACUAUGCAGGAGCUGGAGCUCCAUCGGUGUUCCGACCUCGCCCUCCGCCCCAUCUUCGCCUUCAAGAACCUCCAGAUACUGCGGCUGGUGGGAUCCGUUGACGGGCUCUACUGCGGGCCUCGCGUCACCGACAUUGGGCUCACCAUACUGGCUCAUGGGUGCAAGCGGCUGGUGAAGCUGGAGCUCAGUGGGUGUGAGGGUAGCUACGACGGGAUCUCUGCCAUAGGGCGGUGCUGCAUGAUGCUUGAGGAAUUGACGAUCUCCGACCACCGGAUGGGCGAUGGUUGGCUGGCGGCGUUAUCCUUCUGCGGAAACCUGAAGACGCUGAGAAUGCAGAGCUGUAGGAGGAUAGAUGCUGAUCCAGGGCCAUCGGAGCACCUCGGGACAUGCCCGGCCAUCGAGACGCUACAGAUGCAGCGGUGCCAGCUGCGGGAUAAAAGAAGCUUACAAGCACUGUUUAUGGUGUGCGAGGCAGUUAGGGAUGUUGUGUUUGAAAAUUGUUGGGGGUUGGACAACAACAUGUUCGCGCUUGUGAGCAUUUGCAGGAGGGUGAAGUUUCUCUCACUGGAAGGAUGCUCACUUGUAACAACUGAAGGUUUCGAGUCGGUAGUUCUAUCCUGGAUGGAUUUGCAGAGACUCACCGUCAUCUCGUGCAACAAUAUAAAGGAUGGCGAAGUAUCUCCUGCUCUAUCAAGCCUGUUCCCAGUCCUCAAAGAGUUAAAGUGGCGACCAGAUAGUAAAUCUGCCCUUGCAGGGACCGGCAUGGCGAAGAAGGGCGCGAGAUUUUUCAGAAGGUUGUGAAGUCUCAGAUAGUGGUCCGUUCAUAUACCUUCCCUCUCCUCCAAAGGAAUAGAAAAUUGAACCCAGUGGUCAAUAAGAGGUUGUAGAAGAUUUGUGAACCAAUUGAGCAGAAACCUGUGUUUCCAAACUGAUAUAGAACCAUCAUUUUGUGGUGUA